AUGUUAACCUUGCACCCCAAUUCAAAUCAGGAUGUGGUCGAUCAAUCUCUGCCUGUAAAUUUCCAGGAUUUCAUAAAAUCUGAGUUCCAUGAUAUGAAACAGGAUCUCACCAGUAUCUCGAAAGAUAUCACAUCAUUAAGGCAAGAACUACAGGACAUAAGAAUUGCUAUGGGUUUUAUUAACGAUGAACACAAUAAGAUUAAUGAAAAAAUUGCGAAAAUGGAAUCAAAGUUUAAAGCUUUUGAUGCCUUGGUGACAACUGUGGAGCACUUGAGGACGGUUAAUGAGAAACUGGAGGCAGACUGUAACGCUAAAGACCAAUGGGCAAGGCGGUCCAACAUCGAAAUCUGCGGAAUUCCUGAAAAGAAAGGCGAGAACCUUCUCCGCAUUACUGAGGAAAUUGCAAAAAAAGCUGGAUUUGAUCUGAAAAUGACAGAAAUUGAUUUUGUUACGCGAGUUUCCUCCACUAAUAAAGUCAAUAAACCUAAGCCUAUAGUUGUCCGUUUGCAGUCUCGCUAUAGAAAAGAUGACUUUUUAGCCUGUCUGAGAAAAUUAAAAGUUAUUUGCCAGGACCUCGGCUUUGCUAAAAAUGAGUCUCGGAUUUAUUUUAAUGAUCAUUUGACAAAAUUUAAUAAAAUGCUUUUACAACGUGCUAAAGUUUUGGCUAAGGAGCGCACUUAUAAAUAUGUUUGGGUUAGAAACUGUACAAUUAUGGUCAGACAGAACGACACCAGUCCUGUUAUUCACAUUGCGAAUGUUGAUGAUUUAAAAAAGAUCAAAUAG